UGCAGCCUAUAAUCUGCACUUCAUGCUUCUUACAUCGUGAAACGACAAAUGGGGCGAAAUGGGCGAAACAACUUGUUGCUAAUUUAUACCGAUUUAUACUUAUAUUCCUGUGAUUUCAAAUACCAAAUUGAACUUCGUAUUUUAUAUUCAUACUGUCAGAGUCAGACUGUCAGUCAUUCCAACAACUCAACAAGUUUACUUAGCCGCUCAGUCACUUUCCAUCCAUUAGAUCUUCAUGCUGUCAAAAGCCUAAAACUCAUGUUUGAAGCACACAUAUUGUGCUUGUUUAUAGUGGAAUAAAAAUGUGCCGAGAUAAGGAUCUUUUCUGAAUCUUGCAGUUUGGUGGUGUAACCUGCAACAGCAUGUUUGUUGUUAUGGCUGUUUCUACUUCUGUUUAAGAGGCAACCCAGCUGAGGCUGAGGGAUAGGCAUUCAAAAACUGAAAGGAGAGUUAAGUUCAGUGGCUCGAGUGGCCCACGAGAGAAACCCGUAUCAAUGAAAAACGUAGGGCUGCCGUCCAAUCCGAGAGUGCGCCAACAACCAUCAAGAGAAGUACGCGUUGAAGACAGCCGAUGUGCUAAUAAGAGAGUUCAGUUCAGAGAUCCACUAGAGGAAUUCGAAACCAACGAACUUCACGUGAAUUAUUUUCCGAAGAUUUUCACCAAGAGUAUUCUGUUGGAAAUGUUUCAAGAGUACGGGAUUAUCACUCGCAUCGUAAUCAAAAAACAUUUUGCUUUUGUACACUUCGAAAAGAACAAAGAUGCUCUAAAAGCAAUGGAACGUCUGAACAAUCAACGCAUGUUCGGUGCCAUUUUGAAGGUGUCGCCGGCCAGGCGUACACUUCCCAAAUUGGCCCAGCCAAAUUCCAUCCUUCGCGGUAGCUCUGGUUUUACUGCUGAUGUAAACGUGCCGUCCAGAUCUGGAAUGCCUAGCACUAGCCGUGAAACUAAUUACGACUCUUCAAAGUAG